AGUGGCUGUAACAAAACCCAGACCCCCAGGUCCCGGCCAAUGGAGGCGAUUUAGAGUGGAGCGAGAGCGCGUCUGUCAAAAGCCGGACUCUGCAGCAGGGCGGCGGAGUCCAGAAGGGGAGCGGGAGCCAUCCGCCGCCUCCCCGCCCCCGCCGGGAUUUAUUGAGUAUUUGGACUGGACAAUUAAGUGGCCCUGAUGAUGUUACCAAGCCCGGUCACCUCCACCCCUUUCUCAGUCAAAGACAUUUUGAAUCUGGAGCAGCAGCAGCAGCACUUCCACGGCGCUCAUUUGCAGACGGACCUGGAGCACCACUUCCACUCGGCGCCUUGUAUGUUGGCGGCCGCGGAGGGGACACAAUUUUCCGAUGGAGGGGAGGAGGACGAGGAAGAGGAGGGCGAGAAACUGUCUUAUUUGAACUCACUAGCCGCCGCCGCCGCCGACGGCCACGGGGAUUCGGGUCUCUGUCCCCAGAGCUAUGUCCACACGGUCCUGCGAGACACAUGCAGCGGGCCCAAGGAACACGAAGAGGAGGUCGUGAGGGACCGGAGCCAAAAAAGCUGCCAGCUGAAGAAGAAUCUCGAAGUGGCAGGAGACUGUAAGGCGACGACGGAGGAUAGCGAGAGACCAAAGCCACGCAGCCGCCGGAAGCCCCGGGUCCUCUUCUCGCAAGCCCAGGUCUUCGAGUUGGAGCGCAGGUUCAAGCAGCAGCGGUACCUGUCGGCGCCGGAGCGGGAGCACCUCGCCAGCAGCUUGAAGCUCACGUCCACGCAGGUGAAAAUCUGGUUCCAGAACCGCAGGUACAAGUGCAAGAGACAACGGCAGGACAAGUCUCUGGAGCUGGGCGCGCAUGCCCCGCCGCCGCCGCCGCGCCGCGUGGCAGUCCCGGUGCUGGUGCGGGACGGCAAACCGUGCGUCACGCCCAGCGCGCAGGCCUACGGCGCGCCCUACAGCGUGGGUGCGAGCGCCUAUUCCUACAACAGCUUCCCCGCCUACGGCUACGGGAACUCGGCCGCCGCCGCCGCCGCUGCCGCCGCCGCCGCCGCCGCCGCCGCGGCCUACAGCGGCAGCUACGGCUGUGCGUACCCGACCGGCGGCGGCGGCGGCGGCGGCGGCGGCGGGGCCUCGGCCGCGCCGGCCACCGCCAUGCAACCCGCCUGCAGCGCCACCGGGGCCGGUCCCUUUGUGAACGUGAGCAACCUGGGAGGCUUCGGCGGCGGCGGCGGGGGCGCUCAGCCUUUGCACCAGGGCCCCGCGGCCGGGGCCGCGUGUGCGCAGGGCACCUUGCAGGGCAUUCGGGCCUGGUAA